AUUGCUGCAAUUGGCCGCGCCUGGUCACACAGCCAAAAAGCCGUGCAAAAAUCGGGCGAAAUUGCAGCGAAUUCCGGUGGCCAUGCCAUGAUAAUUGUAGUUUAAUCCUCCGGAGUCCGGAACGCUAUGCUGUUGUGCGGCCUGCAGCAGCUUUCGUAAUUAGCAACUACUGCAGUUGCAGUUGCAGUUGCCCACAACUCACAACACAGUGCAAGCAAGCGUCUUUUUUUGCGAAAUCCAGACGCGCCUGGAUAGCCAAGAUGACACCCUUCGAUGACUUUGUCUAUCUGAUCAAUCAUGUGCUGCUGGGCGAGGAGCCGACCAUCGAGGAUUUCAUACUGCUCGUGGGCACACUGGUGGCGUUCAUAGCCUUCAUCCUGUGGUGCUGUUUUCCCAUCCAACCGAAGGAGCCUGGGCCCCAUCGCCAGUUCACGUGCAAAAUCAUCCAGAAUCUCAAGGCCUUCGACGCCUCCACCAGCACCGAUGAUGCCCCCAAUCCGGGUGGUAGUGACUCUGUCUCUGGCUCUGCAACUGGCAGCUCCACAUCCACAUCCGCAUCUGUAUCCGCAUCCGCGUCCAACCCAACGCAAUACAAUGGCAGCAGUGGCAGUGGAAGCUACAGCAAGAACGGCACCGUGGCCAUGCACAACUACUACGUUAAGAACGGACACCAUUGCUGCACCUAGGGAUGAUCAUGCCCAUCCCCAUCCAAAGUUCCCAAAAUCCCAACUAGCUACUGUCCAUGUCCGAGGCUGGACAGGAUGUUAUGUUACACACAGCACAGAACACAAAACAAAGAACUCGGAACACAACAAAACGCCUU